AUGGUCUUCGAGUCUCUGGUCAGCGACCUGCUCAACAGGUUCAUCGGGGACUACGUGGAGAACCUUGACAAGUCCCAGCUCAAGAUCGGGAUCUGGGGAGGUUCUCCUCUUAAAGUCGGCAUCAGUGUAAACCAGCAGUCAGCUGUUGUUCGGGUGAAAUGGGAAAGUUUGGUUGUUCUGUUUUUGAUCUGUUCAUGUGUUUGUCUGUGUCAGCUCGGCCGUCUGGACUGUCUGUGCGCCUACUGGAACGUUAACAGUCCCAUCUUUUACAAAGGAUCAUGGGAAACUAUCGUGGACCAGCUGAAGUCUGGGAUCAGCACCAAAGACCGGGAGCUUCCUCACUAUCAGUACAUUUUUAAGCCGAUCUUUGCUUCGGCUAAAACGUGCAUCAACCCGAACGCUGAGCUGGAACUGAAAACUCCUAAAGCAAAUCUUCACCUGGAGGUUCAGAACAUCGCCAUAGAGAUGACCAAACCACAGUACCUGAGCAUGGUGGAGGUGCUGGAGUCCAUCGACUGCAUGGUAAAAAACGCCCCCUACAGGAAGUUCAAACCUGAUGUCAACAUGUUCAUCGAUAACUUCCAGACGGCUAAAGAAGCUCUGAGCGCCGCCACAGCUCAGGCGGCGGAGAAGGCGGCGUCCAGAGUUCGGGGCUUCGCCCAGAAGAGUUUCCGUCUGUCCAUGGACAUCAAGCUGAAGGCACCGCUCAUCAUCAUCCCGCAGUCCUCCACCUCCCAUAAUGCCGUGGUGGCGGAUCUGGGUCUGAUCACGGUGGGGAACAGCUUCUCCCUGCUGCCGGCUGAAGGCUUCUGUCUGCCGGCGGUGGUGGAGAAGAUGGACGUCAAGCUGACUCAGCUGAAACUCUCCAGAACCACGCUGAAACAAGACUCCUCUCAGCCUGACUUUAAGAUCCUCCAGCCAAUCAACUUACAGCUGCUCGUCACCAGGAACCUGGCUGCUUCCUGGUUCACCAAGUUUCCUGGAGUCCAGGUCCAGGGGGUCCUGCGGUCCCUCAACAUGAGUCUGGGCGAGGAAGACCUCGGGGUGCUGAUGAUGGUCCUGGUGGAGAACAUCGGGGAGGGGAGUAAAGAGCACAGCAUGGAUGUCAAAAGACAGGUGGCUCAAGAGAAGGCGGAGCUUGCUCAGCAGCCGGUGGAGCUGGUAUCGUUACAGACGGGAUCAGCUUUGGCCACCACCACCAUGAGCCUGACUGAAAACACCGUCAACGUUCUCCUCAAUUUUGAAAUCAAAGAGGUGCUGCUGACCCUUAAGAAGCCCAGAGAGCAGAAGGAGUCACCUUUCCUGGUCUUUCAUGUCGCUCACCUGGGCAUCAAUACCGAAGUCAGGAAGUACGACAUGUGUGCCACGACGUACAUCAACAAGAUCACCAUGAAGUGCCUGGAGUUCGAAGACUCCAGCGGCGAGCCGUUGUGUCUCAUCAGCUCCUCGGUAGAGUCUGGAGCUGAACUGCUCAAAGUGCAGUAUUUCAAGGCCGACCGCUCGGGGCCGAACUUCUGCACAGUGCACAAGAACACGGAACAGAUGAUCAACGUAACCUUCACCUCUCUGGACCUCAUGCUCCACACUGAGGCUCUGCUGUCAGCCAUCAACUUUCUGUCGAUUGCGCUGUCGUCCAGCAGCGUGACGUCUCCAGAGAAGGAGAUCAGACCGAGGACAGAGGACAAGACGGUCUCCACCAAGUCCACCGCCCUGGUGUCACCGGCAGACAGCGAGGUCAUCGACCUGAAGGUGACGAUGACGCUGGGAGCCUUCAACGUCCUGGUCUGCGACCAAAGCUGCAACAUGGCUGACAUCAAGAUCCAAGGUCUUAAUGGCUCUCUGCUGGUGCAAGGACCACAAACUGACAUAUCGGCCCGCUUGAGAGACUUCAUCGUCCUCAACGUUGAUCCCAGAAGCAUCCACAAGAAGGCCAUCUCCAUCGUGGGUGAUGAGGUGUUCAGCUUCACCAUGAGUCUGACGCCCAACGCCACAGAGGGCGCCGGCUACGCCGACACCUCCAAAACCGACGGCAGGGUGAAGCUGAACGUGGGCUGCAUCCAGGUGGUUUACCUGCACAAGUUCAUCGUGUCUCUGCUGAACUUCGCCAACAACUUCCAGAUGGCUAAAGAAGCUCUGAGCGCCGCCACAGCUCAGGCGGCGGAGAAGGCGGCGUCCAGCGUUCGAGACUUUGCGCAGAAGAGUUACCGUCUGGCCAUGGACAUCAAGCUGAAGGCUCCGCUCAUCGUCAUCCCCCAGUCCUCCACCUCCCAUGAUGCACUUGUGAUGGACCUGGGUCUGAUCACGGUGGGAAACAGCUUCUCUCUGCUACCCGUCGAUGGAUGCCCGCUGCCGGCCGUCAUCGACAACAUGGACGUCCAGUUGACGCAACUCAAACUCUCCAGGACCCUUAUGGACCCGGCGACGUGUCCACCCUGCAGUGAGCUUCUGGAACCGGUAAACCUGAACCUGAACAUUAAGAGGAACCUGGCUGCUUCCUGGUACAAGAAGAUGGUCGCUGUGGAGGUCGAUGGACAUCUGAAGCCCAUGAAGGUGGAGCUGAGCCAGAAUGACCUGACGGUGCUGCUCAGGAUCCUGAUGGAGAAUCUGGGAGAGGCUGGUGGUCUGGAGCCUCCCGCCCCGAGACAGGAGGCCAGCGUGCAGCUCCGGGCGGCCGGAGGCCCCCCUGCAGGGGAUGCUGGGAAGCCCGCUGGAAGCAGUGACGAAGAGGAGGACGAAGCUGUGGAGACCAUGAAGUUUAACUUCACCAUCGAGUCUCUUGGUCUGAUUCUGUACAGCAAUGACCCAAAACAGCCGUUGGACCUGCAGCACCAGGAGAACCUGAGACUGGGCGAGUUCGCGCUCCACCUGCUGAAGACUUCAGGGAAGAUCCUGGCCAACGGCAGCAUGGAGGUGUCCACUGUCCUCAGCGCCUGCACGCUGGACGACAUGAGGACAGGCAUGGACAGGGUGACCUCACGCAUGGUGGGGCGGAGAGACAAGGAGAGCUCCGAGGCCAUGGUGGAGGUGACGUAUCGACAGAGUGCUGCAGAACGGGAGGUGGUGGCUGUGCUGCAGAAACUCUACCUGUGUGCCAGCGUGGAGUUUCUGAUGGCCGUCGCAGAUUUCUUCCUGCAGGCUCUGCCACAGAGUUCCACUCGGACCACCGCCUCUGCACCGAGCGACAGACUGCCACUGAGACAGACCGCCGAGCCGCGAGCCGACAGCAAGACCGCCUCGAUGGUCAGGACUCGUCUUCGGGCGGUGGUGGUGGACCCAGAGGUGGUGUUUGUAGCCAGCCUGAUGAAAGCGGACGCCCCCGCUCUCGUGGCCUCAUUUCAGUGUGACAUGACCCUGCAGGCCGAGGAGGACGCUACCCAGAACAUGAGAGCCAACCUGAGGGAGCUGAAAGUCCUGGCCUGCCCGUUCAUCCAAAACAAGAAGGACAAGGCUGUUACCACUGUGUUGAGACCCUGCUCACUUGCCCUGGAAACCAAAACCCACGCUAACCAAGGACUGAGCGGCUCUGUGAUGGUGGAGGAAGUCAUUAUCAAGAUCUCACCGUUCAUCCUCAACACGGUGAUGACAAUAACAGCCGCCAUGACGGCCAAGCAGUGUGACGAGCAGAGUCAGGAGUUGAGGCCGGGCGUCGACGACCUCUGGUCGGUCAUGAACAUCUACGGCUGUAAUUUCUGGUUCCUGGGAGUGGACCAGGCUGCUGAGAUCACCGAGAACUUCAGAGAGCAGGACGGACACAACGAGGGCGAGAGCUUUGCUGCAGAGGUCAAGGUGGUCCAGGUGACUCUGGAGUCCGGUUUGGGUCAUCGGACCGUCCCUCUGCUGCUGGCCGAGUCCUCCUUCAAUGGAUCGGCCAAAAACUGGUCGUCUCUGCUGCAGCUGAGAGCCGACAUGACGCUGGAGGUUAACUACUUUAAUGAGCUUCAUGCAGUGUGGGAGCCUCUGAUCGAACGAGUUGACAGUGGCAAACGCAGAUGGAACCUGCAGCUCGAGAUGAAGAACAACCCGGUCCAGGACAAGAGUCCCGUUCACGGAGACGACUUCGUCAUUCUUCCUGAACCUCGCACAGCCAUCAGCAUCUGCUCCAAAGACACCAUGAACAUCACCGUCUCCCAGUGCAGCCUCAACGUCUUGUACAACCUCGCCAAGGUGUUCUCAGAGGGCACAGCCUCCACCUUCGACUCCUCUUUGAAAGAGAAGGCCCCCUUCACCAUCAGAAACUCUCUUGGGAUUCCUCUCAUCGUGCAGCACAGCAGCAACCUGAGGCCGGUGGGGUCAUCAGCGCAGGGACGGAUACAUGAGCUGUCCGUGGAUCAGAGCAUGGACCUGGAGCACUCUGUGUUCGAGCCGUCAUCACGGGGCAAACUGUCAGCUCUGCAGCGGCAAGAGAGCUGCCUGUUCCACCUCACCAUCGUUCCCUCCGGAUACAGCGAGAUCUCCAACAUCGCUGUAGACAAACCGGGUCGACGUCUCUACAACAUCCGUAGUCCGUUGAUACCGGAGGCGGUCUCUGUGCUGCUGCAGAUCGACGCUGCAGAGGGCAACAAGGUCAUCACUGUCCGCUCGCCGCUGCAGAUAAAGAAUCACUUCUCUGUGCCGUUCACCAUCCUGAUGUACUGUCCAAAGUCAAGAAGCCUGCAGAGCGUCGGACAGGCCGAACCUGAGAAAGAGUUUCACAUCGCCUUAGAAACAUACAGAUGUCAGCUGUUUGUACGUCCAGCGGGUCGUCUGGAGGCUCAUUACGGUCCGUCCUCCACCUGCGUGGCGUGGAAGGAGCAGGUGCACCGCAGCUCGGAGGUGCGUUCGGUGCUGCAGUGUCCGGCGUCCGACAGCAGCCUGCUGCCGCUGAUGGUCAGCACGCUGGCUGUCCCCGACGACCUGCGACACAUCGCCAGCCACGGAGAGGAAGACUGGUACCCCGCCUACGUCAUCCACCUCCACCCUGUGGCCACGCUACGCAACCUGCUGCCCUACACCGUCCGCUACUUGAUGGAGAGCUCAGCAGACACUUACGAGCUUCAGGAAGGAAGCACGUCGGACCUCCUGAACGCUCGUGUCUCAGGUGAGAUCAUGUCGUUGGUGCUGAUGAGGUAUCAGGGCCGCGACUGGCACGGACAUCUUCGUGUCGAACAGGAAAUGCCGGAGUUCUUUGCCGUGUGUCUCACGUGUGACUCGGACACCAACAUGACGGUGGACGUGAGCGUUCACGUGACGAGGACGGCGAGCCGCCUGCUGCUGUCACUCUUCAGCCCGUACUGGAUCAUCAACAAGACUUCUCGAGUGCUGCAGUACAGAGCAGAGGACGUCAGCUUCAAACAUCCGGCCGACUGCCGAGACAUCCUCCUGUUCUCUUUCAGGAAAAAGAACCUCUUCAGCAAGAACAAGCUCCAGCUGUGUGUGUCCACCAGCUCCUGGUCUGAAGGUUUCUCUCUGGACACCGUGGGAAGUUACGGCUGCGUUCGCUGUCCGGCUAACAACAUGGACUUCCUGGUGGGCGUCAGUAUCCAGAUGAGCAGUUUUAACCUGACCAGGAUCGUCACCAUGAGUCCAUUCUACACUCUGGUCAACAAGACGUCCUAUGAGUUGGAGGUGGGAGAAGUCACCAGCCAGACCUCCACCAGGUGGCACUACAUCGCCACCACAGAGUGCCUCCCUCUGUGGCCGGAGAACACUUCGGGGAAGUUGUGUGUCCGUGUGGUCGGAUCUGAAUCCACCUCCAAGUACUUUUUCUUUAACCGACAGGACAACGGCACCGUGCUGAGCCUCGACAUGUGCGGUGGGAUCAUCGUGGACGUCAACAUCUCCGAUCUCUCCACCAUCAUCAGCUUCAGCGAUUACUAUGACGGAGCAGCUCCGGCCCUCCUGGUCAACCACACGCCCUGGGUCACCAUCAGCUACCGGCAAAGCGGCUCAGCGAUGGAUCACCAGCUACAACCCAACGAAGCCCGACGCUUUGCGUGGGACGACCCAGCCAGCGCCCGAACGCUCAGCUGGAGCUCCGGGGGACAUUCUGGAGAGCUGGACCUGCUGAAGGACGAGGUGGGUCAGUUCUCCUACGACAACUUGAGUCAGAUCCACUGGGUUUCCUUUCUGGACGGACGCCAGCGGGUACUGCUGUUCACCGAGGACGUCGCCGUGGUGACAAAAGCUCGGCAGGCCGAGGAGCUGGAACAAUUCCAGCAAGAAGUAAAGGUGUCGCUGCAGAACCUGGGACUGUCCCUGAUCAACAACAGCAGCCGGCAGGAGAUCGCUUACAUCGGCAUCACCAGCUCAGGUGUGGUUUGGGAGAUGAAGCCAAAGAAUCGCUGGAAGCCGUUCAAUCAGAAAAACAUCAUCCUGCUGGAGGAAACAUACCAGCGUCAGCUGAGCGGGAAGACCGAUGGGGGCUGGGUCAAACUGCAGACCAACCUGGAGGUGAACCUCAGUGGUGUGACCAUGAUGAUGCGUCAGCCGUUUUCCUGCCAGGUGAGGAGGAACUUCCUGUCUGGGAUCCAGGUGGAGUACAAACAGUCACUGCAUCAGCGUAGUCUGAGGGCCCAGCUGCACUGGCUGCAGGUGGAUAACCAGCUGCCAGGUGCCAUUUUCCCCAUCGUCUUCCACCCUGUUCCUCCUCCGAAGUCCAUCGCUCUGGACUCAGAGCCGAAGCCGUUCAUCGACGUGUCCAUCAUCACCAGGUUCAACCAGUACAGCAGCGUCAUGCAGUUCAAAUACUUCAUGGCUCUGGUUCAGGAGAUGGCGGUGAAAAUCGAUCAGGGUUUCCUGGAAGCCAUCUUGGCUGUUUUCACACCUGCCGCUGACCCCCAGGCCGACAGACAGAAGUCUCGCCUGUUAGAGAGAGAUCUGCAGCUGCUGCAGUCCGAGCUGACGGAGGUGUCGCUCACCGACACUUCAGGAAUCAGCUUCUUCGAACAUUUCCACAUCUCCCCCAUUAAGCUUCAUCUCAGUCUGUCUCUGGGCUCCAGCGGUGGGGACUCGUCUCAGGGGACAGUGUCCGUUGAGUCUCUUAACCUGCUGUUAAAAAGUAUCGGUGCCACGCUGACCGACGUUGAUGACCUCAUUUUCAAACUGGCCUUCUUCGAGGUGAAGUACCAGUUUUACAGCAGAGAGAAGCUGAUGUGGGCGGUGGUCCGGCACUACAGUGAGCAGUUCCUGAAGCAGAUGUAUGUUCUGGUUCUGGGUCUGGACGUCCUGGGAAACCCGUUUGGACUGAUCCGAGGUCUGUCUGAGGGAGUGGAGGCCUUCUUCUACGAACCUUUCCAGGGGGCGGUCCAGGGUCCAGAGGAGUUCGCUGAAGGUUUUGUGAUCGGAGUCCGUAGCCUGCUGGGUCACACUGUCGGUGGCGCUGCAGGGGUGGUUUCCAGGAUCACGGGGUCGGUGGGUAAAGGUCUGGCAGCCAUCACCAUGGAUAAGGAGUACCAACAGAAACGACGAGAGGAGAUGAACCGACCGCCUAGAGACUUCGGAGAGAGUCUGGCUAAAGGAGGAGUUGGACUGCUGAAGGGAGUCAUGGGUGGAGUAACAGGCAUCGUCACCAAACCUGUGGAGGGGGCGAAGAAGGAGGGCGCAGCAGGUUUCUUUAAGGGCAUCGGGAAAGGUCUGGUAGGCGUGGUGGCCCGGCCGACAGGCGGCAUCGUGGACAUGGCCAGCAGCACCUUCCAGGGCAUCCAGAGAGCGGCGGAGUCGACAGAGGAAGUGACCAAACUGCGGCCGGUGCGUCUGAUCAGGGAGGACGGGAUCAUCCGACCGUAUGACCUGACGGAGUCACGGGGCUUCGACCUCUUCCAGCCUGAUGAGGAAUAAACAGGGUUUGAGCGGAUCAACGUUUCAUUCAAGUGCUUUUAUAGACCAUAAACUACAUUCAGUCUUUCAUUCAUUCAUUCAGUCAUUCUUUCUCACAUGUAAAUAUUGUCAUUCAUCUAUAAAUAUGUUUUAUACAUGAACCAAUAAAUACCGAGAUAAUUCAGGUUUCUAUGCAUGCCAUAUCUUUUUCUCAAACCUCAAACAUUUUAUUACUUUUUUCUAGAAUAAACAUGUCUGCUUUUUAUUUCUGAAAUACUUAAGUACUUUAUUUUUUAUCUUUGUUCAUAACCAUGUAGAGUUUAUCGACCCAUCUACCAGGUAGUGGAACUGGUUUCCCUAGAAAGCUGUGGUUCAUGUGCCCUCUCCUGUAGAUCGUAGCAAUACUUUUGUAACAGACUUUGUUCUGGAGCGUAUCUAAGUCUGUGAUGUUGAAUGCUUCUGUGUAAUCCAGUCUGAACUCAUAUUAUGCAUCAGCAUGACCUCUGACCUCUGGCUGUGUCGUGCUCGUGUUGAGCUUUAAAUGUGUGUGUGUGUGUGUGUGUUGUUAGCUGAGCGAGAACACGGGGGAGUUCUGAAUGAAUCUGCAAACAUACCCCCCCCCCCCGUCAUGGUAAAUCAUAUUGUAGCUUUUAUACUGUGUAAUGUAAAGCAGACGAGAUGUUUAACCCUGUAAGACCCAACUAUAGAAAAAAAUGAUUUCACUCGUCAGAUGUUGCUGUAUGAGGCCUCUGAUGCAGAUAAUGAAGGAUUUUAGAAUUUUUUUUCUUUUAGUAAGUGUUUGGGGCCUUGCUGGGAGCAGAAUUUCAGCAUUUGCACUCACAUUGUCACACAAAUCUAUAGAACAGCUAUGGCAGUGUGGAUUGUAAAUAUCACGACUAGGAAUCACCCAACGGUCAUCAAGGGAAUCAGAAUUUAUUUUAAAAAAAAAACAAAAAAAACUAGAUAAAAUAUUAUAUACAAAACACAUUUAAAACUUUGUCAAAGAACCUCAUUGACAGUGAUAAUCCCAAAAGCACAAAAGACGGAGAUUACACUUCCCGUAAAGCUUCUUAGAAUGUCUUAUUUUUAGUCUUUGCUUGGAGAUAUGUUACCAUGUCACUGCGCACAUCUGUGGGUGGUUCACAUGACCUCUUAGCUGGGAUCCCAUUUGGUGGAUCCCCAAAACCUGAGGAUGGUCUCUUCAGGUCUCUGAGGCGUCACUGUUAGGGACGUCAAAGGGCUCCCACUGACUGAAGAUGGCCGCCCUCUCCUUGAAUCAGAUGCGAUGUGAUACAUUAAAGACCGUAUAAUCAGUGAAAUAUUAAAUAUGGUAAACAGCAGAAAUGGAUUCGCACCAGGGUGAGAGAGGAUGCGAGUUGCGCCUGGAACAGUCUCAUGUUCAGCAUCAGCACCACUGCUGACAUCUGGACCAGAGAAAUCUGAAUUAGGAGUGAUGAAAUCCUUUUUUCAGGAAGCGAUACCUGUCCCAGGGCGUCGGCGGUUAAGUUGCUUUUCUCAUCAUCGUCAUAAGCUGGACAAUCAGCGGGUGUCUGAUUCUCUUUGACCAGCUCAUUGAUAUGUUCAACAAGCUCUUCAUCACUCAAAUAACUUUUUUUUCGAAUUCGAAAAGCAAAAAUGGCAUCAUGUACACUGUGGUAAACAAUAGUUGCAAGAGUGUGUUCAGGUUUACAUAGUUUCAAUGCAGAUGAAUCCUAAUUAUGAUACAUUCCACUGAAGUGACACAAUACUGUGUGGCCAGCCUAAUGUGCACUCUACUUAACAUUAUGAAAGGGAUAUGCAAACCCCCAAACAUUCAGACCUGCCCUGAACAAUGCACCAUGCACGCAACCCCCCACAUUUCAGAACAUUUGUACCAUCCUCCAAACCACUCCACAAACAACUCCCCUGCCUUACUAAACAAGCAGAUAUUUGGAAAAACAAAUAAAGCUCAGAUAAAAAAAUAUAUAUUUUAUUGCUAACAUACAGGAACAAUUUCACAUAUUGGUACUAAAAUACUGCAACCAGAAAUUAUUUAUUCUUCAAGAACUAUACAAAUCUGGUCUAAACUGACAAUAAAACACAUCAAAUACAUUGUAUUUCUCUAAGUAUUUAUCCUAUUUGAGAACAUUUGAGAAGUGCAACGUCUCAAGUGCUACUUUGACUACCAUUCUCACCCAGCGUUGUAAAAUUACAACAAAGACAUAACAGCUGAAAAUCUAAUUUGACACAUGCAUUCCACAAUAAUAUUAUAUAGUAUAGUAUAUAAAUGAACUAGACAUUCUAACAAUCACAAAAAGAAUAUUUCAGGGAUUUUACUCACUUCAGUGUUGAAAUAUCCAGUCCCAUGAAACGAGGAGAAGUGCUUCCAGGAAAGUUUGCAGGUCGUAUGAGUUCAUGGCCUUGUGCCCAGACAUGUGUACACAUUUAGUAUCCAAUGGCAUUGUGAGGCUAAACAAUAGGACCCAUUGGCUAUGUACAUGUGGUCUUUCAAAAUAAAACAUUUGCAGAUGUAUUUUUUGGAGAGCUAAAAGUGAGCGGGUCUUACAGGGUUAACCUCACGCCACCUAUUAAUAAUCCAGCCAUCGCCUAUAACCGCUUCACCGUGCAGGGUCGCGGGGGGGCUGGAGCGAGAGGCGGGGUACACCUGGACAGGUCCCCAGUUCAUCACAGGGCCCUAUCAAUACUGUUAGUUCAGGAGCCAUCAGGUGGUUGAGUGAUUCAGUGAGUCAGCUGUUUUUUAACCCUCUGUGCUAUACUCACAUUUUGAAAAUAAUUAUUGUCUGAAUAUAGAGAUGCAGUGAAAGAUUAGAUUCAAAUAAAAAUUAAAUAAACUCUUAAAUUUAAAUCACCCGUCUGAGUAGCCAUCUUUAAAAGCUUCAGACGAACGUUACACAGCAGGAAAACCUUCCUCCUCCUCCUCCUUGAGCCUCAGCUGGCCCUCAGACCCUCCUGAGCUUACAGCUUUAUUUUUCUAGUCUUUCUUUAAGGUUCUUUUGUUCCUCACCUAAAGUCAGCGCACACUCACAGUGUCUGUCAGAAAGUGUAUAUAACCCUCGCAGAAGAAGGUGGCGUGGAACGUGGAAGAGGUGUGAACGGACGAAGCACAUCCAAAGGAACAAAAGGAGGAGACUGUCACUCAGAACAUUUCGGUGGUCAUGUUGUCCCCCACCUUUCACGGUAAAACCAUACAGACCCAACAACAGUGGCGCUGCGAUAUGUGAAUACCUUUUUCGAGAACUGAGUUGCCCCAGCGUUACGUUUGCUUUUGUUUUAAUCAUCUGCUCUUCAACUGUUGUUUCUGUAUCGUUACACCUUAUUAAUCCUUGAUUGAUCCUGUUGUUAGACAUUUACCAAUAAAUAAAUGUCCUCAUUUAAUCAGUAA